GGUGCCCUGAGAGGAGCUGACACAGCCUCAUCCAGAUUCCAGGAGACCUCUGCAGCCACGAGCACAGUGCUGGACAUGAAGACCCUGCUUCUGACCGUUGUGCUGCUAGGCCUGGUGGCUGCCCUGCAGGCCCAGGACCCGCUGUCCCUCCAGCCAGAGGAACCAGAUCUCACAGGGACCUGGUACACGAAGGCCAUAGUGAGCAACAUGACCCUGCUGGAAGGGAAGAUGUUCAAGGUGGCGUUCCCCUUGACGGUGACAGCACGUGAAGGCGGGAACCUGGAGGCCAGGACCACCUUGAUGAUUAAGGGUCAGUGCCACACAAAGGAGAUUCUGAUGCUGAAAACCGAGGAGCCCGGCAAAUACAGCGCCUUUGAGGGCAAGAAGCUCAUCUCUGUGGAGGAGCUACCUGUGCAGGACCACUACAUCUUCUACUGCGAGAAGCUGGGCCCAAAGAGGACAUUCGGUGUAGGGAAGCUCAUGGGGAGGACUCCUGAGGAAAACCCUGAGGCGCUGGAGGAAUUCAGGAAAUUCGUGCAGCGCAAGGGACUUCUACAAGAGAAAAUCAUCAUCCCCAAGCAGAGGGAAAGCUGCGUCUCUGAGCGUGACUAGGCAGCCACCUGGAUCUGCAUCCCCCGAGUUCUCCUUCCCUGUCAGACUGGGUCUCGUACCAGACUGUGCCUCCAAACCCAAACCCAACCCCACUGCUAUGGCAGUUUCCACCCCGCCUUUGACCCCACCCCACACCAAAUAAAGGACUUCAGCAGCA